AUGGAGGAGGAGCUGACAAAUACCACGGCGGUCCUCAGGGAUGCCAGAAAGGCCCUGAGGACUGCCAUAGCCCGGGCGAAGGCCGUGACCUGGGAGGAUAUGCUCUCCGAGCUAGAUCGCGAACCAUGGGGCAGGCCUUACCGAAUAGACGAAUGGGUGGGCCGCCCGUUUGGCGGCCUGUCCUACAGGACGACACAGGUGCUCACCGGGCAUGGUUGCUUCGGUGAGUACCUGUGCAGGAUUAAGAAGGAACCAACGACACGGUGCCAUCACUGUGGUGCCGCCCGGGACUCCGCGCAGCACACGCUGGUAGACUGCCCAGCGUGGGAAGAGCUGCGCGGAGUCCUAAGGGCGGAAAUAGGUAAUGACCUCUCCCUGCCGGCCAUCAUUAGCCAAAUGGUCGGCAGGGAGAGUGCCUGGAAAGCGGUCUCCUCCUUCUGCGAACAAGUAAUGCUGCAGAAGGAGGAGGCCGAGAAGGUGAGAGAGAGGCGGCCGGGGGGACGAAUGCCCCCCGGCAACGCAAAUAGUGGCAGGGACGGCAGGGACGAGGACCAUGACCCAACUUGGCUCCCGCCCCGGCCGCCCAGACGAAGAAGAACUGCCCCCCGUCCUCCGGGCUCUAGUGGCCCUGCUGUACGGAGGCGGAGGGGCAGAAAAGCCGUGGCGGUUUCCUCCUCCCUCCCCACUAUCGUGGAGGAGAGGGAGGAUGAAAACCGCUGCAGCAAUGCAGAGAGGGGGCAACCCUCCUCUCCAGCGGCUGUCGGCCCCGCUUUCGGGACGCGCAGCCGCGGGAGGAGGGUUCCCCGCAACAGUGAGCCCGGCGAGGCAGACCCGACCUGACGGUCCGGGGGGAGCGAUUAAUGCGUGACACAAUGCGCCACCGCUCCCCCCCAGUGCAUCGCCGGGGUGGUGGAAGAAGGAUUAACCCCCUCUCCACCACGUAGUAGAAGGUGCCCGCGCCUCCUCAAGAGGCGCGAUGGGGCCCGGGAAAUUCGGCGGG